AUGUCGACCUACCUGGACGACGGGAAGCAUGCUGGCUCUGGCGAAUUUGACGACAAGAAGGACGUGGGCUGGUCGUCCGAAAUCGUCCCCGUCGCUGAGGUCGAUGGCGAGCUCGGCCGCGGCAACCGCAAGCAGACAAUCCGCACCUUCAAGCCUCGCGCCAUCGGCACCGGUCUCUUCGUCGGUACGGGAACCUCGCUCUCGAACGCGGGGCCGCUCUCCCUCGUCCUUGGUUAUCUGGUUUACGGCGCCCUCGUCUUCAUCACGUUCAACGCGGUCGGCGAGAUGACCUCGUACCUGCCUGUCGACGGAUCUAUCCUCCAGUUUGCCGCGCGCUUCGUCGAUCCCUCGUGGGGAUUCAUGAUGGCGUGGCUUUGCAUUUACAACAACUCGGUCACUGUCGCCGCCGAGGCGACCGCCGUCGCAUCCGUCAUCAAGUUUUGGAACAAGUCGAUCAACUCGGGCGUCUGGUGCGCCCUAUUCACGGUCUCCAUUCUCCUCAUCAACAUCUUCGGCACACGUUUCUUCGGCGAGGGCGAGUUCUGGUUCUCGACCUUCAAGGUGCUCCUCGUAUUCAUGAUGAUGCUCUUCACCUUCAUUACGAUGCUGGGCGGCAACCCUGCUCACGACCGCUACGGCUUCCGCUACUGGCGCGACCCCGGUGUCAUGAAGGAGUACCUCGCUGACGGCAAUCUCGGCCGGUUCCUCGGGUUCUGGAGCGUGUUCAUCAACGCCGCCUUCGCCUACGGCGGCCCCGACAUGGUGGCCAUGACGGCCGGCGAGGCGCGGUACCCGCGCCGCGUGCUGCCCACCGUCUUCCAGCGCGUCAUCUUCCGCCUCGUCUUCUUCUACGUCGGCGGAACACUCUGCAUUGGCACCCUGGUCCCUUACAACGACCCGAACCUGACCGGAAACGGAGGCGACGGUACCCCGCCUCUCGUCAUUGGCGCGGACAAGCUCAACGUGCCCGUCUUCCCGCACAUCAUCAACGCCAUCAUCCUCACCUCGGCGUGGUCGGCCGGCACCGGACUCACCUUCACGGCCAGCAGGAACAUUUACGCGGCGGCAAUCAACGGCCAUGCGCCCCGCCUCUUCCUCAAGACCUGGCGCCACGUCCCGGUCAACGCGAUCAUUGCCGUCGUCGCCAUCUCGCUCCUCUCCUUCAUGAGCGUGAGCGAGAAGGCGGCCACGGUCUUCACCUGGAUCACAAACGUGCUCGGCGGCAUGUGGAUCCUGAACCUCUUCUUCCAAAACGUGCUUUAUAUCCGGUACCGCGCCGGCGUCAAGGCGCAGAACAUUGACCGCGCCUCGCUCCCCUUCUACCGCCGCGGCCAGCUCGUCUUCUCCUGGAUUGCGGCUGUCAGCUACGCCGUCAUCUUCCUCACGAACGGCUUUGGCGUCUUCAUCAAGGGCAGGUGGAACAUUCGCGACUUCCUCUUCGCAUACCUCGUCCUCCCCCUCGCUGCACUCGCGUACUUUUGGCCACAAGAUCUACGACGUCUACUUCAACGGAGGCAAGUGGAGGUGGCUCCGCGGCGACGAGAUGGACUUUACCACCGGCAAGCGCGAGAUUGA